UUUUGUAUUGUCUUCUCUUCUGCUUCUGCUCCCCACAAAUGGUAUUAAUUUAUUUUGCUACCCUUUUCCUUCAUCCACCAUAUCUAAUGCCAAAUGCACGUCUUCUGUCUCUGUCAAUUUCUUCUUUUGCGUUUUUAUUUUUGCCUUUCAAGUUCUGAAAGUUUAACACAUCUCAUCUUAAAUUUUUCUGGCAAAAUGGGAAAAGAAAUAAAUCUUCUUUUUCACACGUGCCUUUGCAUUUGAAGCUUUGUCGAUGUAAGCUGAUCCUGGCUUUAACAUGCUCGCAAGUAGGACUCGCUCUUCCCACUGAAUGGUCCAAGGCUAAAUAGAUGGAAAUUUUGGAGUUUGCAAUAUUUAUCUCUCUUUGCUUAUGUGUUUUAACUUUUAACUAAGCUCCAAAUACUAGUCAAUAAAUGAAAAUUUUUCAAUUUUCAUUCAGCAAAAAAAAAAAAAAAUGAAAAGAAUUUUCAGAAAAUUAUUUUUCCGCUCGUGUGUGGGUCUCUUUAGAACUCCCAUUCUUAUUUACAAAAAAAUUGGUUAGAAAAAAACACAUACUUGCAUUUGAAUUUAAUUGAUUUUAAAAUACAAAAUUUUAAUAUUGUUUGUACUUUAUUCAAUAAUACAAUUAUGUAUUUAUUUAUUUAAUAAAUACAUAUGUUUGAAUUUAAUUAGAAAACUUGAUGUACUGCAGCUAAGGAAGUGUACUUACUAUUUUCUUUUCCAUGUAAAACCUUUCUCUUUUUUUUCUUUUUCUUUUUUUCCUCUUUGGACUACAUAUCUUACUAUUGUCUUGUUUAGGGAGAAAUUAGAUGGCCUCAAGUCCAAAUAAGUUAAUAUGGCCUUAAAAUCGAAUAUUUAUUACUAUUGUGCAAAUUUUUCCCACUUUAAGAAGGUGAUGGGAUAGGAAUGGGCUUUGGUCGUUUUGACCCAUUUUGAAUGUAAAUAUACAUAUUUUAUUUAGUAUAUAUUUAAAUUAUUUAUACAUAUAAUUUAAUGGUUUAUAUAUAAAAUUACCAUCACAUUCUCUAAAGGCAUUUGUCUUUUUUAUUAUAAUUUUUCUUUAAAGUACUAUCACAAUUACUUUUUAUUUUAUUUUAUAUGUUUCAUCUUUAUCUCAUCAAUGUUAAAGCCAUCUCAUUAUUUCGAAUCUGACCUACCCUCUCCUAUUUUGAAGAGGGGUCAAGACAGGAAUGGGGCACCCUUUAUCCAAUCUCUCCCUACGACACCCCAUUGCCAUAACUGUUUCACAAACCAUAAAAUUAGGCCAAUCAAGAAAGUAUUUUAGUUUGAUAACUUUUUAAUGUAAAAAACUGGUUCAAAUUUCAAAGUGAGACUAUAUAUUCUCAAAUAAAAACUAUAUUUUCUCAUAUAUGUGUGUGUGGGGGGUUAUUUUCACGUACAUUUUAAGAAUAUAAAUUAAUUAAUUAAAAAGUGCAUUUGACACUGAGACCCCAAGGAUGGCGUGAGAUUUUGAACGGCAGUUAUAUACUGUGAAUGUCUAAACGGCAUUAUUUUCAAACUGUUUCGUGAAUUUUUUCUCUCCGCUCUCCUACCUUCGUCUUUAUCUGUUUAUCAUCAUCACCAUCAUCUUCAUAUCGCUUUUCAGUCCAAAUUGGCAGGGAAUUUUGCCUUAUGAGAUGUUUGGUUCAGACUUCCGACUUCACAUUUUACUCUACAACACCAGACAUUUCAAUUCUCUCAUUUCACACCUCAAAGAGUAAUCAGUUUUUGUAAUAAACAAAAACCCACAUUUUCAUUUUUAAGGUACUAAAGAGAUACUCAUCCAAAUUUGUUAAUUUUAUUUAAUAAGAACGAUUUAAUUUGCAUACUAACUACGUUUUGACAUAGUAGCAUUGUAUUUAUUCAGUUUAGUAUAUGCUUUAUCCUUUUUAAAAUUAAGCAUAGACAAGGAAUUCUUAUCAUUAUUAUUAUUCUGAUUAUUUUAUGCUGUGGCAGUGAAAGAUAAGGCUGUAUUUUUCUCUGUACAUCUCUAGCAACAAAUCUGUUACAUGACUUGAUGGGGAACAUAAUCAGUUCAUUUUUUUCUGGGUUUGGCAAAGUCUUUAGCGACCUUUUUGGCUCCCCACUAGAUUUUCUUGAAGGAAAAUCUUGCAGUUCAGUGUGCCAAUCAACAUGGGAUUUUAUCUGUUUCAUCGAAAAUUUCUGCGUUGCCAAUCUGCUGAAGAUGGCCAUGGUAUUGGUUCUGGUCUACAUUGUUCUCUUAUUCUUCUAUCUGUUACAAAAACUGGGCAUUUGUGAGUGCAUCUGUCAAAGCCUUCUCAGAAUAGUAUGGGCAUGUGUUGCUUCCUGGUUCCAUGCAUGGGAGUAUUGUUGCGUUUUCUUGUGUGUUAAGCUUCGUAAGCUCAAAAGGGUACGAAGAAAACACAGAAGAGACAUUGAAGAAGAGUUCGAUGCAGGUGAUGAUGAGUAUGAUACUAGUGAAGAAGAAUAUGACGAUGAAAGCUUUUCAAAUCAUGUUCCUAGACACAUGGGAAAGAGUAGAUCAGUAUCUCACAAAUGGAAGGAUUAUAGAGGUGCUCACUUGAGGAAGUCUUUGCGGCCAAGAAAUCAUCAUAUACGAGUAGAUAUUAGUAGGGAUUCAAUUCAUAGUGGCAGAAGAAAUCAUAUUAAGCAUAGAAAUCAUGGUAGCACAGUUCAUGACAUUAGGGUAACUCGGACAUCAAAGUUUGCACAUAAAGGGAGAAACUAUAGGGGAGGGAUGGUUAAACAACGGCGAAGGUAGAAAAUAUUGAAUGGAGGAAAUUUGGAAAUCAAUUCAAUAGAAGUGAUACUUGUAUCAAAAGAUAACAUGAAAGUAAUUCUACUCUACAUUUUCCUGGUGAACCCCUUUUAAGUCUAUUCUUUGGUUGUAGCUC